CAAAAGUACGAAUAAAUGUAUGUCAUAUUUAGUGUUUUAAAGUUCUGAAGCAUAAACUAUAAUUAUUAGGGAGCAUUAGUCAUAAGCGUAUAACUAUAAUAAAUAUAUCAUUUUUUGGAGUUCUAGUGGUUAUCAGAGGCGUCUUCGCUAGCCGCAGCUCGCAGGAUGGCAGGCAAGAAGGGUGUGGCGGUCGCCCUGCAGGCAGAGAUCAACACCGAGGAGGAGUGGCUGAAACUUCUGGAGCGAGAGGGUCUUGUCGUGGUGGACGUGUACUCCGACUGGUGCGGGCCUUGCGUGGGGAUGGUGGGCAACUUGAAGAAACUGAAACUGGAAAUUGGCAGUGACUAUCUCCACUUGGCAAUCGCGAAGUCAGAUGGCAUUGAAGCGCUGAAGAGGUUUCGAAACAAAAGUGAACCAACCUGGAUGUUUAUUGCAGGUGGCCAAAUGGUUAACCUGAUGUUCGGGGCAAACGCUCCUCGGCUCAUGCGGAUGAUCACACAAGAGUUGGAGAAAGAGACAAAAGUGCUGGCUGGACAACGGGAAAGACAGGCGAUACCAUUCUCUGAACUGACGCAAGAGGAGAAAAAUAGGAUGGAAGAAAUCAAACGCAAAGAGGAAGCUGAGAAGGAGAGGGAAGCGAGAGAACUGGCUGACGCUCUGGAAGAACUGAAGAUAAGGAACCUGACAAGGUUCGCCAAACUCCUGAUGGACAAGACCGUGAUGGUGUACUUCCCACAUAUGAUCGACGAGAAUAACACAUGCAGUGCCGCCUUCAAAAUGUUAGCCCAAUAUGACCAGGUGACGAUGGCUGUGCAUGACCAAAUGGAGGUGCAGAUCACGAAGGAGAAAAUUCCUGAGAUGUUCUAUGACUGUGAAAUCAAGUUGUCAGAAAGUUUCAAGGAGGCGCUGGUGGAGAAGCCGUGUCUGGUCAGCCUCCUCAUGUACCAUGGAAUUUCUCCAGACUCUGGCUCCCCACAACCGCUCUAUCUGGGUAUGGUAGAGGAAAAGCUAGCCUCGUUCGUGUACGGCGUCAUGUCACACACGGAACCCCCUGUUGCUCAUACGGUGGCAUAUAACUUCCAAGAGACCAGAGAGGACGGGGAAGUGUGGCCGGGGGUGUGGACGCCCCUCACUUACCUGUCCAAAGCCUCGGCAGUAAAAGUGUUGUUUCCUCACACCAUUGUCACCUUGGACUUCAAGGAGGAGGAGCUGCCUCCGCCAAGAUACUGUAUGAUAUUUGAUGCGAGUCGAGCAAACGAAAUAAACGAUGUCAUUGAAGAAUAUAAUGAGGAUAUUAUGAAAGUUGGGUUCUUUGACAGUAUGGAUGGCGCAGUUGCGAAGAAGGUUGCUAAAAAUUUAAAACAACUUGAAAAACUUGGACCAGAAAAAAUAAAACAAACCAAGAUGGUAAUGGCACUGGCGAAGAGAACAAGCGAUCCACUCCUGGCCUUCUCCCAGCUGACCCCUCUCUACAUCUCUCCUGACACCAAGAUUGGCAGUAAGGAGUGCGACAUGUUUUUUCCACCACCAAAUGUAUUUGAAGAUGAAGAGGAGGAGGGAGAUGAGGAUGUGGAUGAGGAGGAGGAGGAGGGAGAGGAAGGUGGUGAAGGAGAGGAAGAAGAUGGCGAGGAAGGAGAGGAAGAGGAAGGAGAAGGUGCAGAACAGUUGGCAACUGAAGCAAGCGUUGAUGAAAAGUCUCUGGCUAGCCGUGAGGAAGGUUCGGGCCGAGGCAGUGAGCCAGAACCUGUAGCAGAAACUACAGAAGAGAAGGUUGCAGAAUAGUGACGAUGUUCACUUUGUUUGUAUAGUUUGUUACUGAGAUCCUAAAUGUAUAGUUUAUUAAAUAUUUUUGAAACAC